AUGAUCAAUCCAGAUUAUUUACGAGCACAUGCUGGGUUUAAAACUAAAUAGAAAAAAACAAAAUCCCCAUGCCUAAAAUGCAAGAAACACGAAAGCAAGAACCGGAAGAAAUAGCCAAUCUACAGAGCAGGCCAGCACACCGUUUUCCCGUACGGUUGGCCCCGGAAUUAGGCUCCUCGAUUGCUUCCUAGCCGCCGGAUUAAUCUUUCCCUUCCCUGAGGUCUGGAAAAACAGCCCGAUUCGAAUUUAUUUUUCUUGUUCUUGGAUCAGCAGGCGAGUUGGUUGGUUGGUUUGCUUCAGAGCAGGGUCAGGCUUAUAGUGAGAUAUGAUGAAGCUAAAAAGUAGAAGACUACAUUUCUAUAGGGAUGAUCAUCCACAAUCGGCUGCUCUAGUAAAAGAUUCAGCUAACAAGAUGCAAAAUGAUUUUAGGCCUCAUCCACCGGUUGAUCUCAUAAAAAGUAGAUGGGUUUGUGGUGACAUAACCGAGGUUUUCGAUCAUUACUCGUGGAGGCUUGGGAAGAUUGCAGAGGUGCUGAAGAAUGACUACUUCGUCAUCAGGCUAACAGGUUGCAUCCAACUGAGGGAAUUCCACAUAUCUUGCUUGAGGGUUCCACAUGCUUAUCAUAGCAAGCAGUUGAUUGUAACAGACAGGGUCACAGAGCUGAUUAAACCGUGCCGACUUGCUGAUCACUCCACUUAUCACUCAAAAUUUGUGAUGGAACAGGAUCGUCAAGCCUAUGAAGAGGAUGGUCACAAUACUAAGAGGCACAAGGCAACCAAUCUUUGUUCUUCCUCUAGUGCUAGAGUUGUGAAGAGAAAACUUGAACCAAGUAGGAUGCCACCUAAUGGUUUGGUUAGAGUAACAAGCAAGAAAAGGAAAGCAGCUGCAUAUGAAGUUCGUCAGACGACCAAGAAAGUAUUGCCUCUGAAGAUAUCUGCUAGGAAUGACAUCGAUGGCGACCAAUUUUAUAGGCCUUUAAAUGGCAGAUGCAGUGAUCUUGCCAAGAACAACAUUACUAGGAUAAAACCAGAUUGUGAAGUUCUUGUAUCGACUGAAAUACCUUUGUGCAUCAGAGAAGAGAACGAGUGCUCAGUGGCUAGUUGUAGCGCAAAUAACUUGGAAUACUCUACCAAUGAUGACCAACUACCAGUCGGAAUCGGCAGUUGCUUUCCUGAUGAUGCGAUGUCUGCAUGUUCACCUAUGUCUGGGCAGAAGAAUAACAGUGUAUGUGGCUCUGAUUUAGAAAUGGAUGUCCACGAGCUGGAGCUGCAAGCAUACCAAUCAACGGUCAGAGCUUUCCAUGCCUCGGGACCCCUGACAUGGGAUCAAGAGUCACUCCUGACAAACCUGCGCCUCUCGCUUAACAUCUCGAAUGAGGAGCACUUGCUUCAGGUGAGGCAUCUCUUAUCAUCUUGAAAAUUUCAAAAAUAGAGCGCUUUUUGCAUAUCUGUGGACUACCCCUGACUUGUAGAGAUCGCCGCAGCUUAGUAGCGCCUGUUUUUCUACCUUGAUGGUUUUGUAUAUAAAAAAGCGUUAGGAAAAUGAACCUAUAGUUGUUGUAUUUCACCAAAACUUUGUUGCCACAAGUAAAUGAGAGUUGCAGUUUAGUGGUUUUACAUUUCAGGGACAAGGAAAGCUACCUUGAAAUUAAUAUCAUCAAAUUUUAUUUGGCUAUGUUGUCAGUCAAGGUUGAAAUACCAGGUGAUUUCUUUGAUUC